AUGCGGUCAGACGAAGUCACUCAUAUCAAUCCUGACAGCAAUAUUAAUAAAACUAUGAAAUAUGCCAAAUUCAUUUUACCUAUAUUGGGCAUUUCGUUAAUUCUGGGAACGGUCGUUAUUGCCCUAUCAAUAGCAACGCUUGUGAAAGUAAAUAAGAAAGCCGAUGAAAUCUUGUACAACAGCGAAAAAACAAUCAUCACUUCAAAAGCAGCUCAACCCUCUGAGUCUACAUUGGCAGCAUCGAUUCGUAUUGAUGAAGUCAUGACUUACCUCAACGAAUUACAACGUAUUGCCACUGCUUCCAAUGGAACUCGAGCUGUUAAUACGCAUGGAUUCAAUGCAACACUAGACUACAUUGUCAACUAUUUAACUGCAAACACAAACUACAAAGUAAACAAGAACUAUUUUUACGUUAGAGACUUUGCAAUUGGAAGUAAUCCAACACUAAGUUCAUCAAUAAAUGGUGUCCACAAAUCCUAUAAUUACUCGGUUGACAUCUCCGCGGCAGACUUUUACUAUGUGAAGUAUUCAACUUCAGUCAAUUUUUCAAACAAUAUGCAACUUACAGCUAUACCUAAUGUUGGCUGCACCGACGAUGAUUGGAAGAAAGCUAUACCACCACCUGAAGGUCGAGUGGCACUUCUCAAACGUGGCAUUUGUUCCUUUCGCGAAAAAGGACUACUUGCUACUAAAUAUAAAGUAGCUGCAAUUCUAUUGUAUAAUGAUGGUAUUUCACCGGAUAGAGUUUCACCACUCGAAGUUAGUCUUGCUCAAGAUAAUACACUACCUGCUCUUUUUCUAUCGUUCCCCGUUGGUCAAGCUCUUGCCAAUGCAGCUAUCGACUUAUCUACAAAAGCCACCGUACAACUGAGUAUUCAUGCAAAGGAUCUACCCCAUUUUCCCGUAGGGAAUAUUUGUGCAGAUACUCCAACAGGCGAUCCAACAAAGACGAUUGUCAUUGGUAGUCAUAGUGAUAGUGUAACAGCUGGUGCCGGUAUCAAUGAUAAUGGUAGUGGCUCUGCAGCGAAUCUAGGUCUUGCUGUGACUUUAGCUCGCCUAUUCCGAUCACCAGCAUAUCCGAAAUAUAAAUAUCGAGUCCGUUUUUGUUGGUGGGGCGCUGAAGAAAUAGGUCUUCUUGGCUCCGAAUUUCACGUGAAACAAGCAAAAACAGCGAACGCUGUCGGCGAACGUCUAUCAGACUAUUUAGUGAAUCUCAAUUAUGAUAUGCUUGGUUCUCCGAAUUACAUGUUUGGUAUCUAUGAUGGGCGUACAGCUAGAAAUGAUACCCCACCGCAAGCACUACCAGGAAGUAACAAAAUUACAGCUUUGUUUCGAGAUUGGUUCAUUCGAAAUAAGCUACCAUGGGAUUAUACAGAUUUCAGUGGUCGAAGUGAUUAUGGCCCAUUUCUAGCUGAAGGUGUAGUUGCUGGUGGAUUAUUCUCAGGUGCUGAUGAUAUGAAAACACAAAAGCAACGUGAUCGUUACGAUGAAAUACUUGGGCAGGGAUUAGGAGGUAUAUCAGGGAUUAUACAUGAUCCAUGUUACCACAGAGCUUGUGAUUCAAUACAAAAUAUCAAUUUGUUCGGCUAUGAGAAGAUGGUACAAGCAGCUGCUUAUGUUUUAGAAUUUUUAGGUCAUGAAGAUGAUUUGAAAACCUGGCUCUAUCCAUCUGGUGCCAGACACUAA